AGAAGAAACUACCGGAAGUGUCAGCCGUUGGAGUGCACUACAACGUCAGGUGAUUUCUUUUCGGGUUGACUAACUAACGCAACUAAAAUAUAUUGGACGUGAUAUUUUGAUGAGCUUCAUGCUUACUUGGCGAAGAAUGUAAGAGUUAAAAAUAUGUGAGAAAGAAAUGUUCCCCUGAGUUGGUUCUCAGCGCGAGCUACUUAGCUAAGCUAUCCUCCCCGGUGGAGCCUGACAACUAAACUGAAUGGAACACUUUCAGUUUACCUUCAGCGGAGGAAACUGAACCUUAAAGUUAAUGCGGCUUCUUGAACUCCUCUCUGUCUGUCGGAACUUGAUCUAACGGCAUAAAUGCAGCUUCCUGAACAGAACCUGAAACCUGAAAUGAAUGCAAGACUUUAAAGUGACCCUCAAGCUCUCGGAGUGUCUUGUUGACACGCAGACUCGCAUCUGGGGACUUCCGUCGUUUGAACAGAAAAUGUGGCUGCAGCAGAGACUGAAGGGGCUUCCGGGCUUGUUGUCGAGUAGCUGGGCGCGAAGGGUCCUCAUCGGACUGCUCAUCUUCCUCAUCUUCUACUGGUACCUGGGGGCAGAGCGCAGGUGGACAUUCCUGGGCGGUUCGGCUGUGCCCGGCGGCGCGGCGGGGGAGUGCCUCCAGAGUGAGAUCCACAAGUGGAAGUCCAUAGCGGAUCGAGGAGAGGGGAUCUACAGCACCAAGUCUGAGCCGCUGGACACGCCUUUCGUGACGGGGAACGGCCAUAUUCUCAUCGACGUGGACGCCAACAAGUUGUGGGUGGCUUCGUCUUCACAGCCGGGCUCAGCCCCGGUUCACCAGACCGAACACUCUCCGAGGGUCAACGUCCACCUUGUGGGGAGACGGGCCGAGGCUGACGCUACCUUGCUGGGGUACCGGAAGGGAGCAGUGCUCUCGGUCCGGUGCGCCUCGCCGGCCGCGGUGCAGUCCGCCCGGGACUGCGUGUCCAUCCGAGAGGAGUUCAUCGCCCACCGGAGCCGACCCAACGUGUACCUGCAACGAAUCCACAUCAACAACCCUUCAGAUCGGGUCGCUAACGUGGACAUCUCACCCGCCAGCCCAGGAUCGAGGAGCAGGUUUUCCUCCAGCGUGGACACGCUCGAUGACAGGGAGGUGGAGCUGUCCUCCGGGACGGUGCAGGUGGAGAACAGCCAGGUCGUACUGGUGGUGGUGGUCACCAGAAAGCUGAAGAACAGGAUCCAGGUCGCUGCAAAAUCCGAGUACUCGGACAACAUCCUGUCGGUGGUUUGGACCUCAGAGCCCAUCGAAUCCUCAAAGCUGGAGGCGACAUUCAGCAGCCUCAGAGAUGGCGCCAAGAAGGAGAUGGAGGAGCUUCUGAGGGCUGACGUGAAGGAACUGGUUCAGAAACACCAGCAGGCCUGGAUGGACCUCUUUAGCUCAGGUAUCGAAAUGAGAAAGAUCACAGACUCCCACACGCCAUCCAGCCGCACUGUGAACAACACCCUCUACUACAUCCUGUCCUCCUCCACGGCGCCUCUGCUCGACCAGCGGCCGAGCGCGGAGGAGCGUGCGCGCCUCGUAUCCAGCCUCAACUACGCUGACCACUGCUUCAGCGGCCACGCCACCAUGCAUGCCGAGAACCUGUGGCCCGAGCGUGUGAGCAGCACGGCUCAGAUCCUGCAGCUGGUCACGCUGUGGACCCUAACCCUGCAAAAGAGGGGCUGCAAGGUGCUGGUUGCCGCCGGCGCCCACGGGGCCAUGCAGGGCAUGGUGCUCAGCUUUGGCGGCCUCCAGUUCACAGAGAACCACCUACAGUUCCAGGCCGACCCGGAUGUGCUGCACAACAGCUACGCCCUGCGGGGGAUCCACUACAACCAGGACCUGAUCAACCUGGCUGUGUUGCUGGACGGUGAGGGGAAGCCCUUCCUGCACCUGUCGGUGCGGCAGCAGGAAGCGGCAGUCAAGCUGUACGCCUGCGAGGCCGGCUGCCUCAAUGAGCCCGUCGAGCUCACAUCUGAGGUCAAAGGCCACACGUUCCCCGUCAUGGUGACCCAGCCCAUCACGCCGCUGCUCUACAUCUCCACCGACCUGCGCCACCUGCAGGACCUGCGCCACACGCUGCACCUCAAGGCCAUUCUGGCUCACGAGGAGCACAUGGCGAACAGAUACCCCGGCCUGCCCUUUCUGUUCUGGUUCAGUGUGGCGUCGCUCAUCACCCUGUUCCACCUCUUCCUGUUUAAGCUCAUCUACAACGAGUACUGUGGCCCCGGCGCCAAGCCUCUCUUCAGGAGUAAGGUCUCCAGCAAAAGGGAAGACGACUGCCGCGACUCCUCUGAGGUCGCUUAAGCGUAGCUUCAGCGCAGGUUUGCUGUUGUUGUGGACAUAUUGACAUGGUGGGUGGGUUGUUUGCUGUUUGUUCUGAUCCUAAAAUCUCUGACCUCCAACUCAGCUGCUGUGUUUUAUGGAAAAUAACAUCCAACAUGGCAGAAUAUUGCCCAGAAAUCAGCUGGGAAACCAAACCACAGGGCUGGAAUUAGCAAUAGCAUUCACAAAAAUAUUUAAUUACUCUUCAUGAGUACGUAUACUGAAAUUGUGCUUUAAAAAGAAAUCCCAAGUUGUAAGUUAGAACUGAAUAUGAACCAAUCAGGACUGAACCAGUCCUGAUUGGUUCAGACAUGGUGGUGUGAGCCACCAGGUCAAACAGGAAGAGCUGAAUCUAUUCAGGUCAUCCAGUGGAAACCAGCAGUUUCAGCCUUCUGUUUAUCUGUCACACAUUUCAUUAGAACUUGUACAACUAUUAAAGGAUGCAAAGUUUUUCCUUUCACCAUUUACUUCUUUAAACCUGGCUUCCGUGUGUUAAGCAGGCAUGUUUUCUGAUGGCGUUGUGCAGAAAAAAAUAUUUAAAAACCAGGUUAUCUAUCUGGUUUUAAUAUAACAAAAUAAAUAUUUGAGUAAAUAGUUUGAUGCUGGUGGUAACAAAGUGCCUAAAUAUAAUUUUAAAUUAAUUUUUUGUCAAGUUGGUAUAUGUUAUCGAUUUUUUUGUGUGUGUGUGUGUGUAAAGCACUGCAGACACAACAAAAGGACUGUUAAUUAAAGGUAGGGAGGGCUGGAUCAUCCAUGCCUGUAUGGAGGAUUAAAAAAGUACAAAAUUAACACAUUAAGUUGUAAUAAAUUCUUAAUCAGAUGUUUAAAUAUGCCAUUGAAUAUUUUAAAUACACACUUGGAAUAUCAGUUAAUCAGAUGUAUAUUUAUUUAUUUCACGGUUCCUAUUUCUGAGGCAUGACAAUGAAAUAGUCUGUGAAAGUUAACUCCACUAGUUUGAAUCGAUGUUUGGCAUUCGAGCAAUUCUUCGACUUUAUCCGCCACAUAGUCUGGAUGAUCAUCUGCUAAUUGUAUAAUCUCUCCAACUCGCAGAAAAGCUCCUGAAAGUCCUCCAUUAGAAAGGCGGCCAUGAUUUUCUAUAUUAACACCUUUCUAAAACGAAUGGCCUGAGUCAUUCCUUGCCAAAAAUUACUUUUGUCAAAAAGUGAUUUUCUUUUAGAAAGGCUAUGAUAUGCUAAGUCAGUUGGUGACUUGUGAUAAAUGAACAGUGUUAAUGUCGUUCUGCAUUGGGGUCAUUGCAAACAUUGACCCCAGUAAAGGAGUUGUCUAUCCAGCUACUAGGAAAAUAGUUUAUUUCCAUCUCUGUAACAAAGUUUUAUUUUUUUAAAACAAGCUUCAAGUCAAAGUUUGUAUUUCUGGCUGCAAAACAACCCAGUUGUAGAUUUGUCCACCUUAUGACAACUUUUUCCAUCCAAAACAGUUUGAUGCUUCAUUUAACAAUAUCAUCCAACCUAGAAGAUUUCCCCAGAGAGAGAAAAAGUGAAAAUCUGGCUCUGACGGAGAAAAUGUGACUGUGGUGAGUUCUAGACGAAUUGUGGCUACAGUUCUGUGACUGACUGAAACAUGGGGUGUAGCGACAGCUUCAAGCAGGAUGCAGAAUCGCAGGCAAGACUGUUUGAGUUGGUGAACGCAGCUCCUUCCUCUGGUUGACUGGCAGCCACUAUGUUUAGCUUCUCAUGUGAACAAAGUCCAUCCUCUGGUGGCUCGUUAGCUCAUAUUUAGCCUCUUCCAUCAGUUUUUUUUUUCCUUUUAAACUGAAGCAUCUAACCUUUCUCCAGUUCACCAUCUUUACUUCUCAUUUUCAGUAUUUCUCCUAACAUCUAACCAUUAUCAGCUUUGACGAGUCAUGUUCUGCCUGGUUUUUCAACCUUUACUCGAGCUCUGGAGGUUUCUGUGAAAGUGUCGCUCUGGUCUUCCUGACCCUUGACCCCUACUCUGGAUUUAUCCCCAGCAUCAGACUCACUUGGGAACUGGACCCUGAUGGACAGCUUCCUCGCUGUAUUUGGGAAAUAGAUUAUUCUGGGAAUGCAGGGUGUAUUGAAUCUUCUUUGGGCUUUUCCACCCUUCCAGACAGAACAUUAAAACUGAUUCCUCUGUUCACACAUGGAAGUUCCACUUGGCCCUUUUGCCUCGGUUUUCACUUACCAGGUGAAUUAUUUUUGUUCCGUUUCUCUUUAUGGGUCUGUUUUUUUUUUUAUUUUAUUUCUUCUUUAAUGUGAACUACUGAGUAUGUCUGAAUGAAGAAAUAAGUUAAUUUAUUGAACAUUUGCAAUAAUCCCAAUGCUUUGUACUUGAAGUCUUUGUGCUUAAAAGUUUGAUUUGAGUUUAUUUUGGGGAGAAUAAAUCACUUAUUAAAAUGUU